AUGAUUUAUAUACUCCUUUGUGUAGCCUUAGCUAUUGGAGCAGAAAUAGAUGUUAAUACAUUUAGCAAUUACAUAGAAGUGAGUCAAGAGCAUGUCCAUAUUGAAUGGCUUCUUGAUUUAGAUGAGCAAUAUAUAAAUGCUACGAGUUAAUCAAUUUUCAGGGUUAAUACUAAUAAAUUAAAGAAAAUUGACUUGGAUAUAUAUCAAUUAAGUAUAAUAGCAGUUUAUUUGUCAUCUUCAGGAAAUGUUUUAUAACAUGAAAUAAUAAACAAAGGAGAUCAAUCGCUUUUGUAAGGAGAUGUUCUCUCGAUUCAAUUAGAUAGAGUUUAUACUAGAGGAGAAUACAUUAAGUUAAACAUAAAAUAUAAUUUGGAUUCAAAAGGAGCAAGAGCAUUAGGAUUUUUAACUAAAGAAUAAACCUAUAGUAAAGCAGUUCCAUAUCUAUUUUCGCAAUGUGAAGAUAAUAAUUGCAGAUCUAUAAUUCCCUUAUAAGAUACACCAAGCAUCAAAGUGUUCUUUACAGCAACUGUUUUGGUGAAAGAUCCUCGUAUCAAUGUAUUUAUGACAGGGAAUAAAUUGUAUAAUACGAAAUUCAAAUUACUCAAUAAUUAUGAAAAUUUGUAAGCACUAACACUCUAUCAGUUUGAAUUGGAUAUCAAGAUUCCAGCAUACUUGAUUGGAAUUAUAGCAGGUGAAGUGGUUGAAAAAUCUACAGGAAAUGGCACAUAUGUGAUAGCAGAGCCUCAUUUCAUUGAUGAAUAUGCUUAAGAGUUGUCUGAUUUGCCAGUAUACAUGAAGAAAAUGUAAGAUUACAUUGGACCAUACAUUUGGGGAGAUUAUAAAAUUGUCAUUUUGCCAGCCUCAUUCCCAUUUGGAGGUAUGGAACAUCCUUUAUUAACCUUCGCAAGUCCAACUAUUAUAGUAGGUGAUAAGAGUGGAGUUGGUACUGCCAUUCAUGAAAUUGCUCAUUCUUGGGUUGGAAAUACAGUUACAGGAAGAAAUUGGGCAAACUUUUGGAUUAAUGAAGGAUUUUGUGUAUUUUUAGAAAGAAAGAUCUUAUCUAGAUUAAAUGGAUUGGAUUCUGUUAAAUUAGAUGCAAUUAAUGGUAAUUCUAGUGCAUUUACGUCAAUGCAAACUUUUGGUUUAGAUAACUCAUUCUCUAGUAUGCAUCCAAAUACUACAAACAGAAAUCCUGAUGAAUCAACUAGUCGUGUUCCAUAUGAGAAAGGAUAUUAAUUAUUAACAUAUUUGGAAAGUUUAAUUAAAGAAGAUCCAUUUUAAUAAUUCUUAAGAGAUUACAUAGAGAAUUUCAAAUUUUAGAGUAUAGAUGAAGAUUAACUUUAUUAAUUUUUAUUAAGUUGGGUUAGGAAAAACAAAUAAGAAGAAGCCUAAAGGAUCAUUGAAGAAAUUUAAAAAAUAUGGAAAAAGUGGGUUUAUACACCAGGUCUAGCACCAAUCACAAUUGAUUUAUCAACUCCAUUGUUCACUGAUGCAAAUAACUUAGCUAAAGCAUGGAUUGAUGGAAAAGGAUAGGCUCCAGAAAAGGCAAAUGAUUUUCAAUAAUACAAACCAAAUCAAAAGAGUGUGUUCUUCUAAUAUUUAAUUGAUAACUAUAAAGAUGUUGAAACUGCAGUAAUGACAAAAAUGGAUGAAAAAUAUAAACUCACAUUUUAUAAGGAUUAGAAGACUGUAUAUAAAUGGUAUAGGCUUGUUUUAUUAGUGAAAUACGAUCAGGCGCUUGAAGGAGUUCAUGAUUUUGUAUCUAAAGUAGGAGUAUCAAGUUACUUAAAAGUAUUAUAUGAUUUGUUGGGUUAGAAUUAUAAUAAACAAGCAUAUGAUUGGUUUGAUGAGAAUAAGACCUUUUAUCAUCCAGUUGUAGUCUAAGCCAUUGAAAAAAUAUUAUAAAAAUACCCUAAGAAACUUAUUGUUGAAUGAAUAAAUUACAAAAGUAUUUAAGAUAUAAUUAUUGUUUUCUUAAAAA